CUUCCUCUCACUGUUUCUGCUAACACAGGUUAAAGAGUAAACAUGGCAGCAGAGAAAUGUCCGUUUGAGCAGACUUUUUCUUUUAGUCCUCUUCCUACUAAGAAGUUUUCCUUCCUGCAGGACAAAGACACGUUGGCUCUGUUGAUGAAAUGGUCCAUGCUGGGGAGGAUUUCAGCUCAGUGCUACAGUUUUGACCUCAGCUUCUCCUCCUACAACAGUGAAAAGUUUGCACUGAGUUUCUUCAGAGACCCUGACGUUGUGUCCAGUCUGAGGAAGAUGGAAGUCGGAGGCCGGGUGCCUCUUGAGAAGCCGGUGGUGUCGGUCAGUGUGGAGUCUGUUCCCUGCACUCAGGUCUCCAUGGAGCUGUUUGAUCCAAUCUACUCCUGCGGCGUCGUGAAGCCCUCUGGACGUGUAGUUAAAUGCUUUCAUGAUGUUCACCCCGACUAUGACGAACUCAGACAGAUGUUACAGGAGGAGGAUUUGGAGCACUACUGUGUGGUCGGGAGAGAGCAGCGAGCAGAGUUUCUGUUCAGGGUCUUCAAGCACCUGUGUGUUGGAGGCGAACUCUGUCAGUAUGAAGACACCAUCGAUCCAUAUAUCAACACCACAAAGCAAAUGUACAAAGAUCUGAUCAGCGUGCAGAAGGAUCCAGAGACAAAGAAGAUCAGUGUUGUCUCCACAGUGCUCAAAGUGUGUGCCUAUGAUGAAUCUGGGCCUUGUUACCCGACACAAGAGGAGGAUCAGACAUUCGCUUAUUUGAUUGUGGACCCAUUCAGGCGACACGUGACUUUGUUCUCCCACUUCUACGGUGUCGGGAACUUUGCACUUUGAACUUUGCUUCUUCAGAACCUGUCAGCUGGACAGACCAGGAGCCUGAACUUAAUGAAUGAGCUCGUACUACAGCGAGUUGAUCUCCAGGAUAAGAUUUAGUUUCAUGGGUCUGUUGUAGUGACCAUGAGAACACAGGUACAGUGUGCAGCUCACAUCUCAGAUUUGGUUCACAAAGUAGAAGAAACUUGAAUUUUGUCUUGUGGAAGUAUGUCAAUAAAAUGCUGUCUGA